CAUACGAACGAACGAAGGCGACGUAUAUAGAGAGAAAAACAGAAAAGAGCGCGCUUCGGCAUCUCCGCCCACUCGCCCAGCGCCGACUUCUUUUACCUUUGCCUUUCUUUCUCUCUCUUCAACUCACCAAUUUCACCAACAAAUAAUCAAUCCCCCAAAACGAUGUCCGCUAUCUCUAUUUCUUCUGCUGCAUUGAUGCCGGCAUAUCUGGAGGAGAGACUAUCACCGUUGCGAUCGAAUUGGUUCGGAGUUAAUUUGCCUUUGAAAUCUUCACAGAGUGAACCGCCUCGCAUGUCAUGCUCAUCAAGAAAGAUUGGUAAAGGUUUGACUAUUCAUAUGGCAGUAGUAGAUGAGAGGCUUGCACGUAAUGUAUAUGUGGGCAAGCAGUUUGGAACAUUGGCGUAUGAUCUUGUGCAGGGAGCUCUUGUCAAGUGGAGCUCUCUUAUGGACAAGUCAGUACCUGAGCCACCAACUGCAGUUCUUGUACAUGGCAUUCUUGGCUGUCGGAAGAAUUGGGGUUCCUUUGCUCGCAGGUUGGCCAAAAGUUUCCCGAUGUGGCAGUUUCUACUAGUAGAUUUGCGAUGCCAUGGUGAUUCAGCAUCAAAUAAGAAAGGAUUGCCCCAUACUGUAGCUGCUGCUGCUCGUGAUGUCUUGAAUUUGGUUGCCCAGCUCCGAAUCGUACCUCGAGUUUUAGUUGGUCAUAGCUUCGGAGGAAAAGUUGUCUUGAGCAUGGUGGAGCAAGCUGCAAAACCUCUUGCACGACCUGUUAAGGUUUGGGUUUUAGAUGCUACUCCAGGAAAAGUAAGACCAGGUGGGCACGGGGAAGAUCAUCCAGCAGAACUUAUUUCUUUUCUUCGGAGAAUGCCUGAAAAGGUUCCAUCAAAGCAAUAUGUCAUGGAUGCCCUUGUGCAAGAAGGGUUCUCUAAGGAUGUAGCACAGUGGGUAGCAACUAAUCUCCGGCAUAGCGGCCCACUUGGAAUAGGAUCAUCCUUUUCAUGGGUAUUUGAUCUUGAAGGAAUUUCUGAAAUGUAUCACUCUUUUGAAGAAACAAACUUAUGGAAAAUUAUUGAAGAUGUUCCUCGAGGUGUGCAUGUAAAUUUUUUAAAGGCAGAGAGGAGCUUGCAUAGAUGGGCCCUUGAGGAUAUCCGGCGUAUUCAUGCUGCUGAGGAGUUUGCUGCUGAUGAAGGAGGUGGUGUGCAAAUGCAUGUCCUUGAAGAUGCGGGACACUGGGUGCAUGCUGAUAAUCCAGAUGGACUUUUCAAAAUUAUUUCUUCUUCAUUCACAACUUAACUCGGAAAAGUUACCCUUCAGUUUGCUGUAAUGUCUUGUUCCAGAGUAGCUUAUUAUGUGCAUAGUGCCGUAUAGGAAAAUCAUAAAGGUAUCAGAUAACUCGUUGCUUCAUUCAUCCCAUAUUUUCCUCCUAGUUUAUUGUAAAUUUCUUGGCAUAUAUGCCUGUUGUUUUUUAAAGAAAAAGUGCCGACCAAGGGUAAUGGUUAUUAA